AAAAAGUCCGACGGACGGAACUGUCGGAAUUGGAUUUAAGCAAGGAAAAACUUGGAACAGAAAAGCUGAAAAUAGGAAAACGAAACGGGAACCGUUAGUAGUAAAUCCAAGAUGGUGCUCGAAAGUACUAUGAUAUGUGUCGACAACAGCGACUACAUGAGAAAUGGAGAUUUUUUACCAACUAGAUUACAAGCUCAGCAAGAUGCUGUUAAUUUAGUCUGUCAUUCGAAGACUCGUUCCAAUCCAGAAAAUAAUGUUGGUCUAAUAACUCUUGCCAAUGUCGAAGUUCUGGCAACUCUCACCAGCGAUGUCGGUCGAAUUCUUUCAAAGCUCCAUACAGUUACACCCAAUGGAAACCUUGCUCUUGUCACAGGAAUUAGAAUUGCACAUUUGGCUCUCAAGCAUCGCCAAGGAAAGAAUCACAAGAUGAGAAUCGUCGCAUUUGUCGGCAGUCCAAUUCAGCUCGAGGACAAGGAAUUGGUAAAACUAGCAAAGCGUUUGAAGAAAGAAAAAGUGAGUGUCGACAUCGUGAGUUUCGGCGAGGAGACAAUCAACAAUGAUGUUUUGACUGCAUUUAUUAACGCUCUGAACGGAAAGGAUGGUACUGGAAGCCACCUUGUGACAGUGCCCCCAGGUCCUCAUUUGUCUGAUGCUCUGAUUUCCUCUCCGAUAAUUCAAGGUGAAGACGGCCUGGGUGGUGCUGGAAUGGGAGGCGCUGCUUUCGAAUUCGGCGUCGACCCCAAUGAAGAUCCCGAACUGGCAUUGGCUCUUCGUGUUUCCAUGGAAGAACAAAGACAGAGACAAGAGGAUGAUGCCAGACGAGCUCAAGCUAAAGACGCAACUGCGGAGAAGAAACCGGAAACAAUUAAGGAAGCUCCAAAUGAAGAGGCAAUGCUGAAACGUGCACUAGAGAUGUCGAUGGAGGCAGGUGAAGAGUCGACCCCGACACCAACUCCGACUCCAACUUCUGAGACUGUUACGACGGCUCCUAGCAGUGGUGGACUGGUGCCCGACUUUGCUCGCAUGACUGAGGAGGAACAAAUCGCUUUUGCCAUGCAAAUGUCUAUGCAGGAUCAGCCCGAAGGAGAGCCGCCAAAGGAGGAGGCGAUGGAAGUUGAAGAAGAUUAUGCAGCGGUGAUGUCCGAUCCAGCAUUUUUGCAAUCGGUACUCGAGAGUUUGCCAGGUGUGGAUCCGCAGUCCGAAGCUGUGCGAGAAGUGGUUGGAUCCUUAAAACAACAUAAAGAGAAGGAGAAGGAAAAAGAGAAGGAUAAAGAGAGCAAGUGAACUCGGUAGCAAUAAGUUAGCUUUUGAUCAUAUACAAUAAUGUUCUUUGAUACUCGAUUGCGUAGAACUGUGUAAUGAAUCUACAUAAAGCGCGAUUCUAAUAAAAUCAUUAUAUCUGUUCAGUAAA